AUGGUGGAUCCCUCUACCUCCACCAUCUUCAUUUCCCAACCAACCCCAAUUCUUUCUCUUCCUUAUGCCUUCCGUACUCUCCUAUCCUGGCUUGAAAUGUGUCUUGGAAUAUCUCGAGGCAAUAAAACGGAGUCGAAAGUGGAAUAUAACUGUUACAAACGGAGAAAAGCGUUGACAGUGCAGUUGGAACAAAUAGAAUCCGAAUUCGAAAAACUAUGCAAUUAUUAUUUGGGAGGAAGAAAAGUUUACGUUCACAACCUUCGGCUUGUACUUUUAGUAGAAGAACUAACACUAUUGGGAAAUGUCAGGUUUAGAAUUAAUGAGUUGGAUAACACAUAUUGUCAUUUUGAAGCCUCUUUACCAUUCAUUGACCCUAUCAGCUUCCCGCUCAACGAGAUCAAGACUUCGUCGGAAAAUAUCGAUGAUCUACAUCACCCUUCAUUUGUUUCUGCGAAGAAUCUUAUUUUUGACGUUGAAUAUGAUGAAGAUGAUCAAUCAGUUCCAGAAAAUGUCUAUAAAAUUCAAAACAAGAAGGUUUUGUUUGACCAUUUUGUUAUGGAAACAUCGAGUGUGAAGAAAUUUAUCAAGUAUUGGAAGGAUGUUGGGAAAGAAAUUGGAACAACUUUCGAGUUUAUCAACAAAAAUGUGGGAUACGGAAGUAAUUAUUACAUUCUGUCAGCACUGAGAAAAGAAUUUGGUAAAUUUCAGAAGGAAUUGAUUGGAGUCGAUAAACGAAUGAUCCCAAGUUUCGCAAGUUACUCUAUCCCACUGGGAUAUACAUCGAAAAUACUUGUGUAUGGAACUAUUACGUCAUUAUCAGCAGAACCGUGCGAAAAACGACUUGUGAUGAAGGUGGUACCCGCGACAGAGCUUCACAGUUGA